AUGAAUAAUACUAUUAAUUCAUCGACGCCAGUGGAGAUCCGAUUCUACAGCAAAACCAUACAUCGAUGGGUUGGAACUGACAUCAAUGGAACACAAAAGGUCGUCCCCUACCAAGAAGAGGAAAAAUUAGAAGAAGCUUUUAGUCUAUGGCUAAGCUACGAAGAGUUAAUGAUGUGCAUGAAGUCUCGGGAAAAAUAUAAAGAAAUAAUUGUGGCGGAUGUCAUUAACAACUGGCCUACGAUUAGUUCUCUUGACUUUCAAGAAAACGUUGAAUAUCGUUUUAUAGAAUGCAACAAAGAGAUAAUUCGCGCAUCAGCUAAUCUCCUUUUGUACCGAUAUCAUGUCUGUGACAGGACAAGGUUCCGACCGGCUAGUUUGUCAUUGAUUGACUCGCUGAAAAAGACGAGGAUAAAGAGUGAUACUCAUGAGAAUUGUUGUGAUUUGUUUAGGAGAUUUACCAGUGGAUUUCAGACGGCCGGAUCGCAGCAGUGGUCUGGAUCGGAGCAGGGGUCUAGAUCUGUGCAGGGAUGUGGAUCGCGGACGUCUUCAGGGACCCCGUAUCCCUCUCCACAGAGUUCGUCUCCUAGCAUUUCUAGACUUUGUCUUCGAGAUAGUAGCACUGAGCCAAAUGCACCCUCUUCUGCACAUGCUUCAGAUUCAUCGGAGGAUGAUGAUCCGGAUGAUGUGCGUUAUGAUCAUUACCAUAGGAUAAUCAUCAGUCCUGAAGGCAACGAACUAAGUGUUCCUGGGAGGACCAGUAUAACCGUGAAAUUUGUAAAAAUUUGGAGUACAAAUGCCGUAGGAGACUCUGAUUCCUUCAGCACCGCUCGAAGGGUUAAAAAGAGGCCUUCAUGGGUUCUACCGCAUAUAUGGGUGGAUCUGGAGAAGUAUUGGACCACCGACAAAUUCAAGAAGCAGAGUGAACAGAGAAAGAAAGCCCGAGCAUCUGAGAAGGGUGGCUCCUUGCACUGUCUGGGUUCAAGGAGCAUGGGGGAUACGAGGAGACAUCUGGAAAAAAAAUUGGGGAGGAAGAUGAGUCAUGAUGAGUUCUUCAUGGAGACUCACAUCCGGAAGAAGAAGGCACCGACAGAUCCAACUAGAUGAGUCGAGGACCGGGCAGAGACUACACAUGGUCGCUACAAGAUCAAUUUGGAGGAGUACACUCAGAGCUUGCCACUAAAUGAGCAAGGCGAGCGACCGCCCAUUUCAGACGAAGAAGAGAAGAGGAUAUGGUUGAGUACUGUCGGUGGUCCUAAAAAAGGGAUAGCAUACGGCCUUUCAGAUAAAUCGUUUCGGCGCUACAGGGCUGUAUUGCAAGGUAUAGGGACUUUCGCCCAAGGCGAGGCGAUUGAUAGUUCGGCUAUAUCGUCCAUGGAAGAGAAGAUCGCAAAGCUGACAGCAGAGCUUGAAGAGACCAAGGCUAGAGAAAAGAAGAAUUUUGAUACCCUUCAAGGUCAGCUAGAAAGGAGGGACAAACAAUUUGAUCUCCUUCAAGGUCAGCUGGCAAAUCUUCUUGCUUGUGGUGCUUUCCCCAUUCCCCGGUCUCAUCCUCCUUCCCCACCCGCCGACGAUGAAGGUCCUAGGACAUUACAUGAAGAUGGUGCUACAUAAAAAAUUCAUUGAAUGUUGUGUAUUGUUAAACAAAGUUGUGAACUUGUCAAUAUUUUGUUGUUGGUUAUUUGAAUGAUGAUUAUAUUGUUAUUGAACACUUUAGUAGUUGUUGUUGUGGUUA